UUCACCUUGUACGUAACGUCCUAUUUGUAGAUUCAAAUUUGUAGGUGCGAUCGUCGCCACGACGUUACCCGAACUUGCCAAACUUUCCGAGAAUGUACUCAUUUUGUAAAAUUUGUAAAUAAAUGAGUGAAGUUUUAUUUCUUACGUGCGUGUAUUUUGUAAAAUUCAGUUGAAUCUCCACGUGUUACCUCCCUGUAGGUUAAUUUUCCACGUGGCUUCCGUAGACGUAGAUUUGUAAUAGAAAAUUAUGUGUUUCCCACCAUCCUCGUCGCCAACUUGUGUAUUUUGGGGUGUAGUAGGUUCGUAAGGUUGAAAACACAUUAAACUGCACGCUUUAUACUCGGAUGCUUAAUAUGUAAUCAGAUAUAAAACUGCUUUGUACGUGGCACGUGUAAGCCAUCUUAGAACGCUGUACCACGAGUGUCGUGUCUGGCGCGCAACCUUACGAACCUACUACAUCCCAUAAGACACAACAGAUUCAAGUUCUAACUUGUACUGACAAGCAUUAAUUUCCUCACAUUUGAGUGAAUGGUAAAUGAAUACUAGAAGGAAAUCAAUUUAUAAAUUGUAAUUAUAAAGUGACCACGUUCAUAAAAGAUACAACAUACGUCUAGGCGCACAUUCAAUGUUAAUGAACGAUUCUUAUACCUUGCCGAUGCAGACCUUUAAAUAUUUACAAAAUUUAUUUUCCAGUUACGUGAAGCAGUUUGUAAAAUGCCAAUAGAAGGCGAGAGCGUUGCUCUGGCUGUACAAAGGAUUUUUGACGAUUUGCAGUUGUCUGAUUACUCAGUAGAUGCAAAAAAAGUAACGGGAACUUUCGGUUGGGGAACAUUGGAUUCUUACACGCAAUAUGAUGUACGAAAAUUUUUAUACCGGGUAAGCAAUAGUAAUGUGAUUUACGAUUAACGAUACAUGUUAAACAAUAAGAAUUUGCUACAAUUAAUAUUCCUUAUUCCGCAAUUCCUUGUUGCUUACUCAUAACUAUUUUAGCUGUUAUAUGAUUUGGAAAGAAAAAUGAAAGGAACAUGUGUAGAAAAUACAGUUCCAAAAUUAUUUGAAAGCAAAAUGGAGUCGUUUAUCAAAUUUCCAAAUUCCGAUUGCAAAUCGACUAGAGCUGACACUUUCUAUGAUAUACAGUUAAAUAUUAACGGCAAGAAAAAUAUUUAUGAAUCUUUUGACGAUUACCUGAGUAUUGAAACAUUGAAAGGAAAAAGUGGAUUGGAAGAAGUAGAAAAAGGUGUUAGUUUUUUAUCAUUUUCACCAGUGUUGCCUUUAAAUUUAAGGCGAUUUCAGUACGACCAAGUUACAAAAUGUUCUGUGAAAUGUAAUGAUAGGUUUGAAUUUUAUGAAAAAAUAAAUCUUGGAAAAUACUUACCAAAUAAAGAAGCCACAAAUGCGGACUACAGGUUACACGCGGUCUUAGCUCACAGCGGCGACAAUCGUGGCAGCCAAUGGGUUGUAUUUAUCAACCCAGUCGGUGAUGGCAAAGUAUGUGAAUUUCUUUGGAUUGAAACUAGUAUUUGUAAAUAUAACGGAGCAUACGUUGUUCGAAAUAAUUUAUAAAUCUAUUCUGUAUUGCCUG